AUGGAGCUCUGGCCGAUUCUUCCGGAUACUUUUAAAACAUCCGUAGUGAAAAAACUGGAUUACAAAUCAAGGUGCCGCCUUCGGAAAUGUUCCAAGACCGAGAGAAGUUUGGUGGAUAGCUGUCCAGUUUUCAUAAAACACGUCAACUUUGAACCACGUGUUGGGAAUGUGAUCUACUUCUCUAUCGAAGAAUUGGGUUUUCCUUGUGAGAUUCUCAACGAUAAAGCAUGCAAUACUCAGGAAGUUCUCCAAGAUUUUCUACUACUCUUCAAGAAUGCAAAGUCUAAAGUUACCCAAUUGAGCAUUGCUCAUUACAACUUCCAGAGACAGCCAGAUGCUGUCAACGACUUCAUUGCAUUUCUUUUAAAUGAAAUUGGGUCUCAGUAUCCUAACAGUUUCAAAUUGAAAAUUCAAAAACUAGAAUUCCAUUGGGGAGAAAUGAAGGACACGAGCUUGCUGUCUCUAUUGAAAAUUUUUGAUCCAAAAGUUUUCAAUGCUCUUCAUCUCCGCAAUUUUCCAAUAAGAACACCAGUGUUGAUAGAAGAACUUCUUGAAACAGAGCAAUGGAAAAAUCUGAAAGAUAUUCAGAUUCAAGAGAAACUAGCUCUUCCAUUGAAUAUAUUCCAUCCGAAAAAUGUUCUCAGUGUCACUUUUCAUAGUCUUCGUGCUGACGACGCUUGGAAUUGUAUCCAGAACUUUCAGUUCAAACCACGCCCAUUUCAAUCGUUCUUCCGCAUUUUCACAACCACGGACUUAUCUCUGUCGGAAAUUUUCUCCCAGUGUAAUGUUCCAGCAAAAAAUGAGCCAAUCGAAAAGUCACAUUACCUUAACGACUACUUCAAGCACACACAGAGGUUCCAGCUGACUUGGACUCAAGAAUGCAUACUCGUCGUGAAAAUUGCGAAACGACAGAUAAAAGGAACUAUUUGUAGGAAAGAGUUUUUGGUCGAUGAUUUUGAUGAAUUAGAUGAUUUGUAA